GUAAUGAUUCCUUUUGGUCCACACCCGAGCCAUUUCUGAAAUCAUACAGGGUGAAGAGAGCUGCUCUACAGGGCUGACAUUGAGUUGAAAUCAAGAUGACAGUCAAAUACGGCGUGGCGGUGUUUCUGUUACUGUGUCUGGCGGUCGAGGUUCGGGGAGGAUGCAAUCGGACCGCCGGACGGAACGGGACAGCCGGCGCCGGGACAGGCGACUUUCGCCCGCUGGUUCUUCUGAGCGAGGCGGUACUACUGACGCUCGGCUUCGGGCUUUUUGCCGGUCUGGUGGCCUUCGCCUUCACGCUGGUGCGGAAACACGUGUACCAUGACCAGGACGACUUGGACACCACGUUCGACGCGGGGGGUCAGGUGUCGGUGGGUCUGACGGCGACUACCAUCGUGUCCCAGUGGACCUGGGCCGCCACGUUACUGCAGUCAUGUACAGUGGCUAGUAAGUUCGGCAUCAGCGGCCCGUUCUGGUACGCCGCCGGCGCCUCCGUGCAGAUCAUCGUGUUCGCCAUCUUGUCUAUCGAGAUGAAGAUGAAGGCGCCUGGAGCUAAGACGUACCUGCAGGUGAUCAAAGCCCGGUUCGGCGCGAAGGCCCACGUGGUGUUCUGUGUGUUCGCUCUCCUAACCAACGUGCUGGUGACGGGAAUGCUCCUGCUGGGAGGCAUAGCCUCGAUCACAGCCCUCGUCAACGGCCUCAGCACGGAGACCGCAUCCAUCUGCCUGGCCAUUGUUAUUGGUUCGUACACGCUGAUUGGUGGACUCGGUGCGACCUUCUAUGUCUCCUACUUCAACACAGCUUUGAUCUUCACCGUGCUGAUCAUCAUCAUAGCAAAGGUGUAUCUGGUGGGAGCAGACGCCACCCAGAACCCCCUGGGUAGCGCGGACGCCGUGUUUGACCUGCUGGCGUGCAGCAGUGGUCCGGCCGGUAACAGGGACCAGAGUUACCUCACCUUCUUCUCCACCGGAGGUCUGAUGUUCGGCGUCAUCAACAUCAUCGGCAACUUCGGAGCCGUCUUCUGUGACCAGGCGUACUGGCAGAGCACCAUCGCGGCACGGCCUUUACAGGGCGUGUGGGGGUUCAUCUCCGGCGGGCUGACGUGGUUCGCCAUCCCGUUCUCCAUGGCCACCACCGUGGGGCUCGCCUACGUGGCGCUCGGCACGGUCAAGGGCGAGGCACUGCUCUCAGGGGAGGACGUGGACAAAGGGCUGGUUGCCUCUGUGGUGGUGAACCAGCUGAUGGGUCACACGGGUCAGGUCAUCCUCCUGCUGAUGCUGCUGAUGGCAGUCAUGUCCACAGGGUCAGCCGAGGUCAUCGCAGUCACCUCAAUCAUCGUGUACGACAUCUACAAGGACUACAUCUGCCCCUUCAGGAGGGACCUCCAUGAAGACGACUGUGUCCUUUGCGGGAAGAAGAGAGAGAACGCCAUCAGCGAGGCCGAGAAGUGCCUCUGUCAUCCCAUCUCCUCCUGCACAAAGUGCCACGAGGAGGACCGCCUGCGCACUCAGCAAGCCGACUUCUACCACUUCUACUGCCCCACGCACGCCGCCUACCGGAACUACAUGGAAAUGCUGCUGGGGAAGAAGAACAUCUACAUAGUGGUGGUUACCGUGGCAACGGUUCCCCUUGUGCUUCUCGCUGAUGCGGCAGGGUUAAACCUGGGUUGGUUGUACCUGUUCAUGGGUGUACUGAUCGGGGCUGCAGUCAUCCCUAUCGGCAUGGCGCUGUUCUGGUCGCGCACCACGGCGGGCGGGAUGAUUGCCGGGGCGACAAUCGGCUGUGUGCUGGCGGUGAUCUGCUGGCUCAUCACCGCGGCCACCUUCCCGGGCGGACUCGGCGGAGGGAACUUCAUCAAAAACACCGGCGACCAGGUGAGCAUGAUCGUGGGUAACCUGGUGAGUAUCCUGUCUGGAGGCGCGAUCUGUGCCGUGGUGAGCGUCGUGCAGAGUCUCCGCAAGCCGAGCGGCGAGCUGGUGAAAGAGUGGGAGAAAACCCGCCGUGUGGACAACCCGCUAAAGCCUUGGGGACCCACCUACCAGAGCGCCUACAAGAUGACGUCAGCCAACAAGCUGAACGACCGCCCGUCCUUUGAGGAGAUCCGCCGCUUCUGCCGAAAACCCCGGAUGACCGCGCUGAUUGCUGGGAUAGUACUGAGUGUCGUUCUGGUCAUUAUCUGGCCCGCCGGCAUGUUGGGGGUGGGCGUUAUGAACGGAGCCGAGUUCCAACACUGGGUGAACGUGUCCCAAACCUGGGCCUUCCUGGCAGCCGCCUUCCUCAUCAUCGUGCCGCUGGUGCAGGAGGUCAUGUCCAUCUACAACAACUACCGGGUCAACAAGGCCAACGGAAACGCUGACCCGGAAGUGAACGGGACUGUCGUCGGUUCCAACGGAGUCAAUCCUCCUAAUGCUUCAUUUACAACUCGUCUGUGAAAAGUCGAUAAACUUUUGAUUAUUAAUAUGAAUUAUUCUUAAGCCCAAAAGUAUUUAAAAAGUAGUUUCAAAUUAUGAAAGGUGUACUUUUCCUAUGGCAGGUCCUAGUAUUGUCGAUGUGAACUGAGGGUAUUUUAACUAUAGUAUAGAAUUUUGGUAUAAUUAAAGGCAUUGCUAUUUUCAUAUUAACUGUUUAACUAGCUAGUUUGAACACAAGGCAUUCCAUACUUCAUA